AUGUCCGAGAAGCCACAAUCAUCCAACCCAGUCGACGAAAUCACUCCGCAAAACCAACAGAACGGCCAGUCAAGUCAAGAAAUGUCCAAGGAAAAGGUGCUUCUGGCACCAGAGGAGGGUGGAAAUUCAAAGAAGGGUAGGAGCUUGCUGCAUGUGCCAUCGCGGUCUUCCUCGCAGCGCAAUCAAUCCUCUCCGACUUCGACAGGGCUGAGCGGAAUCACAGUCAGCGAUUCGAGAAACAGCAUCGGCGGCCGAUCAAAGGAAUCCAAGGGUAGCAUUCUGGGGCGGCAUCGAAAUGGCAGCGUCGGCAGCCACCGAUCUGGCAUCGAAACCGAACCGACAAACACCCCCGGCAACACCCAACCGAACUCCCCCGUGAAUCCCCCGCAGAAGAAGAAGAAGGGCGGCAUCUUCGCAUUGUUCGGCUGCUGUGGAGUCCCCGACAACGCGAACGCUAUUGAGAACGGUGACGACGCCGUCCACAAGCUCGACAAGCUGCCUGCGCGGCCGACAACUGCCAAGUCCCGUCAGCCGACUCCACAAGAGCAGCCGAUCCCACCGAACAAGCCGCAAAUCCACGAGAAGCAACCGCAGCCCGAGCAGCCAAUGACCGCCGGCAACGAGUAUAAGGGUAAGCGCGUCUCUAACACCACUACGGCCGACGACUCUACCGUCGGCGGCCAGGAGGGCUCCGAUCCAAAGCACGCGACCGCCCUCGGUACCGGAGCUAGCGCUAGCACAGCUGCGCCCGUCAUCACCGUCGAGUCCACCACCGGCGAAAAGGUUCAGGAUGCGCAAUUAGAAGAGCCGGAGAAGAAGGAUGUUGAGGGGGAUGAGGCGAUGCCCGAUGCGACGCCCGAGCCCGAGGAGUCCAAGCAGCAAAUACCGCCGCCGGUCGAAGACGCACCGACAAGUCAACAACUGCCGGGCCCUCCGCCGCUCCCGACCGCCGAGACCGGAUCCAUUGAUUUGGCAGGCCCCGUUGCCACCGAGCAGAAGUUCCUGCUGGGCCCAAUUGCCCCCGAACACAAGGGCCGAAAAUGUCUUGUGCUCGACUUGGAUGAAACGCUCGUUCACAGUUCAUUCAAGAUUCUCCACCAAGCCGAUUUCACCAUACCCGUAGAAAUCGAAGGCAACUAUCAUAAUGUGUAUGUGAUCAAGAGACCGGGCGUGGAUCAGUUCAUGAAGCGCGUCGGCGAACUUUAUGAAGUGGUGGUCUUCACCGCGUCUGUUUCUAAGUAUGGCGACCCUCUUCUGGACCAGCUUGAUAUCCACAAGGUCGUUCACCACAGACUUUUCCGCGAGAGCUGCUACAACCACCAAGGAAACUACGUCAAGGAUCUUUCCCAGGUGGGAAGAGACCUCAAAGACACAAUCAUCAUUGACAACUCCCCCACGUCGUACAUCUUCCACCCGCAGCACGCCGUUCCCAUCAGCAGUUGGUUUUCGGACGCACACGACAAUGAGCUGCUGGAUUUGAUUCCCGUUCUAGAAGACCUUGCAAAGUCGGAUGUCCAGGACGUCAGCCUGGUUCUCGACGUUACACUUUGA